AUGUCAUCUGAAAAGCUCUCGCUUCUGAAUAUGCCCGACGUCGUGAUGGGAAAUAUUUUGGUGUACUGUGAUUAUGAAAGCUAUCAAACAAUGCAAAAAACCUGUCACGACCUGCGAAAUUUCAUAGAUGACGCCACGUUAGAGCCCCAUGCCAACGCUAUCUACAUCACUAUGGAAACCGAUUUAAUAUCUCUCGAUAUCUAUUUUGACAACACCGACCAAUCUCUGAAACUGGAAUACAUCAGAAGAAAAGACGGUUGUCUAGUGGAGAGAUACUCUCGAAUCUCGAAAUUUCUGAAGAAUCAAAAUUAUAUCGAAGUUUUUUGUCAGGAUUUCCAGAUUUUUCUCAAUUAUCUGAAGAAUCAGAAGACACCGACGGCCUACAUGAAGUUUGUGGUUCAUGAUAAGGAUGACGUUGGGUUCUGCGAUAGAUUCAAGAAAAUUCUGAAUCCCCUGAAACCAUCUGAAAUCAAAAUCUCGCAUCUCUGUCUUCGAGUCCACAAUGAAUCUCAAGUCUUGUCAGUGCUUCCAUAUAUUUCUUCAAAGUUUUUGAAAAAGUUGGAAGUUAUCGAUUCGAGACGGACGGAUCUAGAUCUGGAUCUGACUGAAAUUGAAAAUCUGGAGCAGUGGAAGGCUGUGGAGGACUUGGAGAUCUAUUCGUUUCAUGUGAGGAAUCCGAAGAGAUUUUCAAGAUUUUUGAGGGCGAAGGCUAAUUUUAUGACGGUCACAGUGGAGGAGGUGGAGUUUUUGAAAAAGACUUUCCUUUCCUCGCCAGACUUCAAAUCCUGCAAGCUCACUUUCAUCUUCAUGGACGAUAUUCCUUCCAUCUUCCGCGCACUUGGCGCCCACUCCUUCACCGACCACGACUACAUUGGAAGAUCCAGAAGACGUUGGUUCUUCAGAAGUGACGACUCGGAGAAGGUACUUUCCAUUGAAGUUUACUCGGAUUUCAUUGAAUUUGAGAAUAUCGAUUGGGUUGAGGUUCCAGUUGGUGCAAUAGUUGUGUAA